AUGAAUUUCUUGAGAAAGAAAAUAAAUAAAAAUCAGGAUAUGGCUUCUGAUAGGCUUGCGGAUGCGGAAGGCUCGGCGGAUAGGGACCAGAAGAAAGCUAUUCGGGAAAAGAUUCAACGAUCGUCGUUCCCGCCGGGUACGGAGUUCGCCCUGGCGCACGCGGAGUCGCAGUUGAUGUCUGCGGUUGUGGGCGUGUUGUCGGAAUCGGUGGUCGAGUCUAUGAAGGCUUUCUACAAGAUGAGGAGUGCGUAUAAGACUUUGGAAGGGCUACAGGCGCAUGUGGCUGUAGCCCUUCCUAAUACUCCGCUGGCACGAUUGGAUGGGAUGGGUGGGAGCAAGGUUAGCUUACCAAAGUCUCUGAAGGCUCCUAAGAGGGGGUCUGACCACGAUGGGAACAGCUUAAAUGCUGGAAUGGCUGGCUUGGAUAUGAGACCGGCGUCGGCGAGUGAGGUGCCCUCGAGGAAUUCAAGCGCUAGUCGACGGUCGGCUACGUCUUUGGACUCGCAAUAUAAUUCAAUGGAUAAGUUUAUCAUCUCUGGGGCAAAUAUGUGUUUCGGAAUGCUGCUGCUUAUCCUUGGAAUGGUGCCGCCCAGCAUGAAGAGGAUCAUGGCCAUUGUUGGAUUUAGGGGCGACCGCGAAAGGGGUGCUGAAAUGCUUUGGGAAGCUGCCAAGUUUGACAACAUCCAUGGUGCCAUCGCGGUACUUACAAUUCUCCAGUACUAUGGUAACAUGGCUCAGUUCUCAGAUAUCACCCCCGACGACAACCAUCCUUCCGGUAUUGGGUAUCCAGCCGAUAGAUGCCAUGAGGCAUUGGGGUGGAUUAGAAGGCGGUAUCCAAAUGCUGCGCUUUGGAAACUUGAGGAGGCGAGGAUGGAGGCCGUUAAAGGCAACCUUGAGAAUGCUGUGACGAUGUUAUCCGUUCCGGUUGUCACGCAGAUGAAGCAGGUUGAGGCAUUGAUACUAUUUGAGAAAUCUUUGAAUCAGAUGUUCCUGCACCGAUAUGAAGAUGUUGCAGCCGGCUUCAUCAAGCUUAUGACACUAAAUAACUGGAGUCACGCUCUUUAUAACUAUUUUGCGGCCGUUUGCUACAUUGAAUUGUAUAGGCAAGCUAAGACUUCUGAUACUGAAAAAGCGGAGGGCUGGGCUAAAAAGGCAGAGGAUUUGUUCGAGAGGAUACCAUCUUUCAUGGGCAAGAAGCGAUUCAUGGCUCAGGGUCUUCCGGUGGAAGUCUUUGCGGAUAAGAAGAUCAAGAAAUGGGUUGCUCGGUCCAAGGAGAGGGGCAUUAGACUUGCCGAUGCUGUUGGUGUCAGCCCCGUUGAGGAGAUGAUGUUCUUCUGGAACGGGUACAGACGAAUGGACCAGGAAAAUUUCGAGAUAUCCUUUCAGGCAUUGCAAUACUGGGGGGAUCACGAAAUGGAAAACGAUACCAUCGAUGAGCAAGCUAUUCGCUGGCUCUUGCUCAGUGCAGUCAUGAGGAAUGCCGGGAAGUGGGAGAAAGCGAGGGAAUAUCUUGAAAAGAUCCAGAAGGUUGACAGAACCCAGUUUCGGGGAACUUUAGUCAAUGAUUAUAUGAUCCCCGCGGCAUACUACGAACGCGCAGUCGGAAUCUGGAAAGAGGCCAAAGAGCACACGCCAGAAAUGCUAGCAGAGAUGAGAGUCUUGCUAGACAAAGCCGCAAACUACGGAACCUUCGAGCUAGACGCUAGAAUCGGAAUGCGAGUGACGACGGCUCUGGACACCAUCACGAGGUAUGAGGUGUGGCUCAAGGAGCAUAAGGAGACUGGAAUCGCGGAGAAGGCACCGAAGGGGUCGGAGUGA